AUGCCAUCAUUUCAUGAGUAUGAGAAUGAAGAAGCCUUGCUGGAAUCCAUCAGGCAGACUCCUGGCAACCGUUCAACCAUGGAGGACCGACAGAAGCUUGAUCUCCAUGACAAAAGCACGAUCGUCAUUUUUGAAGUUGGCGACAUAGAAAGCACUUCGAGUAGUGCUACAGGAGAGACAAAGCAAGUUCCAGGGCUUGAGGAAGAUCACAAGCGCAGCGGUAACAUUUGUGCGCAUUUCAUGGAUGGUAAAAGCACUACUCUUCAGUCGAUCGAUGCAGGCAUCCCUGGUCUGGAUUACAGAAAAAUGGAUAUCUCAGUACAGUAUGGCUCAGCGCCCAGACAAAUGAAUGAACAAAAUUACCACGACACUCCAGUGCCUUUCUUCCAAGGCACGAUUCUGUCGCAGUUGGGCGAUUUUCUGAUGGCCCACGACCUUCAAGAAGACCUGCUGUGGGCCCUACACAUCUAG